UCUGUAUUUAGUGAUAAAUAAAUUAUUGUUUAUUCUCUGCCAUUCGAAAUUUAUCGUUGUGAAACCAAGUAUUCAAAUGGCUAUUUUGCACAGUGCUGUCAUUUUUGCCUCCAUCCUUGUGGCAAUAGUGUCAGGUUUUACAAUAACGAAUGAAGACCCUAUUUUACCAAUCCAGCAGAUAUUAGACGAUAAUUCCUUUUUAAGGACUUUUCCCAACAAUGAACAAGAAAUUGUUAAGUGCCCUGAAGGUACUCAUUUAGACAAAUCUAGUUAUAUCUGUCACUUUGACGAAGCCAGUUCUGGUAAACCGAUUUCACCUUUUGGAGUGUGUUCAUCUGGAAUUGGAGACUUUUCAAAUCCUGAAAGCUGCAGAACCUUCGUCUCUUGCGGACCAUCAGGUGAUUUUACCGUAACCUGUUCUGCAAACCUACUUUACAAUGAAGUCACAAAAAAGUGCGACUGGCCUACGAAAGCAGGAUGUUGCGAAUAUGUAGAAUAUAACUCCAGCAGGUUGGUCCAGAACAGCUCCUAAACGAGAAGCUAAUUCAUAUACAGAUGCCAAAUAGGAACCAUCAGUCGCCAUAAUUUCAGUGUAAUUUACUCUAUAAUAAAUUAAAUUCAAUACGUACAGAAUUUGUUCAGGAAAAACUGUAGCGAAAUAAAGUUUCGACAUAUAUUCUUAAGAAAAAUGUGAUAUUAAACACUUUUAGUAAUA